UCCGCGAGCGAAUGGGAGGCGCGGGCUGGGCGCGGGGCGAAGCUCGCGUGGCUGACGACUCUGACUUCGAGACCCUGAAGCAGCUCCUCUCUUCCGAAGACGGCUGGAACCUGGAGUAUGAACGAGAUGGCGUCAAAGUAUGGGCCGAGGAUGCGGCCCAUGGAGCGCUUCGCACCGUUAAGGUGGUGGCAGAGUUUGAUGACGUGUCGCCAGACGCGCUGUACGAUGUGCUGCAUGAUCCGGAGUACCGCUCCGUAUGGGACACGCACAUGCUGGCCGCUGAGGACGCGGGGCAUAUCAACGUUAACAACGACGUCGGAUACUACGCUAUGUCAUGCCCGGCGCCGCUCAAGAACCGGGAUUUCGUACUGCAGCGCUCCUGGCUCGACACCGGCCAAGAGAAGAUGAUCCUCAAUCACUCCGUCUACCACAAAGACUACCCGCCGCGGAAAGGCUUCGUCAGAGCGGUGUCACUGUUGACUGGCUUCGUGGUGCGGUCGCGACAGGGCGCUGGCAGUUGGUUGGGCUACGUCUCCCGCUCAGACCCGCGCGGCGCGCUGCCAGCCUGGCUCGUCAACAGGGUAACAGCUCAAUUAGCACCUCGGCUAGUGCACCAGCUGCACGCGGCAGCGCGCCGGUACCCCGGCUGGAAGGCUCUCACAGACUCACCUUACUUCAAGCCCUGGAGGAAUCCUGAACAAGUACCAUCCUAUAGAAUCUCUAUAGAAGAUUGCAUUGACCCUGACGCACCUCCUCCUCCUUCUGAACCGAAACCAAAUACAUCAAAGGUAAAACUUGAAGUGCCACAACACAAAGAAGUAGAAAGCCACAGCAUUGAAGACUUAGGAGACAUAUCAUCAGAAUUCAGCGUAGAAGUGGAAGAAGAAUUUGAUCAUACCACAGAUCCUACAAAAAAGAGAGGGAAAUUUUAUAAAUUAGUGAAAUCUAUGAAAAAUAGAAGGAAAAGUGUUCAAGUGGCGAAGAGCGCAGAUAAUUUACUUGACGGGAAACCUCCAGAAGAGAAACCAGAGAAGAAGAAGCCUUUUAAAUUCCAUCGCAGAUUUAGUUUGAGUAGAGGACGUGAAGAUUAAAUAAAUACUUACAAAAUUGUAACCUUUAUUAAUUAAUAUGUAAUAAUAUAUAUGGAAGUUAAAAACGAUUACAUUGUUACUGUUGUAGUUUAUUAUUGGACCCUAAAUUUCACGGAUUUAUAAAUAUCC